UCGAGGUUUUAAACCCAUUGUGGCAUGUCGAUAUUUUAAAGAAUCGACCUUUUGUUUUGGAACCAUUUUUUCCUUUAUUCGCUCGUCUCUCUUACUUUUACAUUGUCUUUUUUGUUUGAUUAAAUUUCCAGUUUUUUAAGUUACAAAAAAUAAAAAUUUGUCUCAACUUUAAUCUUCAACAUGUCUUCACAUCAUGCCAAAAUUCGGAACAAAUUUCGUAAACGUCAUCACAAUUCCAACGAAGAGGAUGAAAAUUCUUUAAUUGUUUUUGGAUAUUCUUCCAAACUUCACAAAACUGAAAAUAUUUUUUCUGUUGGAGAUGAUUUUCAAUCAACUUCCUCGUCUGUAGCUUUUGAUGAAAACAAACAUUUGAUCCCUUGGAAUGGAGAUGAAGAAUUAAAAAUUGAUAGGUUAGUUGGGAAAUAGUCAAAAAAGUUGUGUUUAUUUAAAAUUGUUUGAUUGAUUUGACGAGAGGGAGGAAGAGGAAUUUCUUCACUUUUUUCAGGUGAUUUUUUUUAUUUUUUUUUCUAUUUUGUAUUUUCUAAAACAUUUAAUAGCUUUUAGUCUGUUUAUUGUUUAGGUUUUUAUUUAUUGAAGGCCCUAAUAAAAUUGUCUUUUUUUGGCGCAGGGCAACAGACUCAACUCCUAUUUUGACGACUUGAUUCUCUAUCGAAUGAGCCGUGUCUCUACCGUUUUUAGGUCG